AUCACUUCCUUGGCUCUAUAUAAUAAAGAAUUCUGAUGCAUCCUCAUACAACAAGAGGAAGAGUCUGUAUGCAGAAGCACCACCUUCUAGGGAUAUAUAAAGGGUCACGUCAAGGAAGGGCAGAACAAACUUGAGACACUCGCUUCUUUCCCUCAACCGCAGCCUGCUCUCACAACCUCACUAUGUCUUGCCCCAACUACUGCUCUGGAAACUGCAGCUCAGGAUCUCUCAGAACCUCCUGCCAUAUUCCUCUCACCUCCAUCGCCCUCUGCCCUACCAACGUCAGCUGUGGAGAUGUCCUCUGCUUACCCACUAGCUGUCAAGACCCUACCUGGCUCACAGACAACUGCCAAGAGACCUGUGGUGAACCAACCAGCUGCCAGCCGGCCCACUGUGAGACCGGCAACCUCGAAACCUCUUGCAGUUCUUCCACUGCCUACUACGUGCCCAGGCCCUGCCAAGGAAGCAGUUUUCUUCCUGCUUCUUCUUUCAUCUCCAGCUCCUGCCUUCCACUAUCCUGUAGACCACAGAGCUACGUGUCCAGCGGCUAUCGUCCACUGAGGCUGCUGCUCAAUAGUUACCAGCCCAUAGGAGGCUGUGUGCCCAGUGGCUGUCGCCCCCAAUCCUGCUUCUCCAACAGUUGCCAGCCCCAAAACCUCCUCACUUCUGGAUGCCGACCCUCGAGUUGCUUAGCCUAUGGUCCUCAAACUCUUCACGUUGUGUCCAGCAGCCUCAGACCUCUGAGGCCUCUGUUCAGUGGUUGCCAACCUCUGACCCAUGUGUUCAACACGUGUCGUCCAUCUUGCUCUGGACUGUGCAACCAGUAG